AUGAACGCAGUCAACUCUGUGAAGAUCCAAGGAUACGCCACAUUAAACAAUAUUGACAUGAUCGAUACCAACCUGGAACUCAACAAGUACACUAUUGUCGGAUCAUACUAUGAUCGAUCAGGUCGAACCCAGGUGACAGCCAACGGCAUCACAUUGAAGGUCUACUACAAGUUCACUUCCAUCGGCAGCAUCAAACUUGUAAAUGGAUCCGACGUUAUAUUCCUUGAUUCAGCCAAAGUCAACGUGGCCAGUGAAGGAGGAAUCAGCAGUGUUUAUGCCAUUGGCUCCUGGUCUCGAGCUUGGUACAUCGGAUCAAACAUAUAUGUUGGUGGAACCUUCACCAACGACCAUGCCAACGUGACCAUGAGUGGAAAGAUGGUGGUGGCCGGUGACUAUAUCCAACUAGGUAACGACUCAUCUACCAAUAUGGAUAUUGGCUACUGGUUCUCAAAGGGAGUGUCCAUCACAGCAAGAUCAUUCAACUUCCAGGGACUCGUUGCAGGUAUCAUCUAUUACAACAAGUACCUCGCCGACGGUACCCGUCCGGUAUUCAUCGCUACGGGUGCCUCCAAAGAUAUAAGAUGCAACUGCUCAAUGACCGGAAUACUUGCAUUCACUGGCAACCUCCUCAUGCUCCCAACAUCCGUAUAUUAA